AUGUGGUACACCCUGACCACAGCAGGUACCCUGUAUCACUUCGACUACUCCACGGAAACCUUUGACGGAGUAUAUCUUCUCCCUAAUCCACUGAAUGGUAUAGUUGGAGUUUUCGUCUCGAAGAUCAACGGCAAUGUCUGGCUCGCCGAGAUGCUCGGACAAGCAAUUACCAAAAUCGACGCCAAGACUAAACAAUUCACCCGCUACCCUCUUCCUCUCGACGGCUUGGGCAUAGUUGAGGUGAGCGCCGAGACUUACAACCACUGCAUCUGGUUCACCGGCUUCCUGUCCAACAGCAAUUUUCGAUUUGACACAAAGACGGAAAAGAAUGACGUAUUCACUGAUCCACUACCUGUUUCCUUCCCUACCGAAAAUACAGUUGACAAGCAGGGAAGGUACUCGUGCUCGACUGCGACAAGGAACACGAUACAGCAUCUUGACUCGUACAAUGAGGCAGUCAUUAUCGACAUGCCGGAUAACGAGAUUAUGUCUUCUGUCAGCAUUCCUCCUGGUUUAAACAUUGCGAUUCACGCUGGUCCAGAAAAUGAUAUUUACUUUUCGCAAGUGUUGAGGAACAGGAUUGGAAGGUAUUAG